CAUCAUGGCCGCCCCCACUUCCGGUCUGGGCGUACUGCCACCCUCAGCCCUGGGAUUCCUGCUACUUCUGCCCCUGCUGGGGACCCGCGCCUGGGUCACAUCAGCCGUCCACUGGCGCCCUAAAAGCCAGGGGAUCCCCGGGAGCAGUGACGUGGCCUGUGGCCAGCGUGUUUUGCAAGGCAAGAUCAUGGGUGGAAAGCCAGCUCCUUAUGGGAAGUGGCCCUGGCAGGUCAGCGUGCAUUAUGCCGGCUUGCAUGUCUGUGGCGGUUCCAUCCUCAACGCCUACUGGGUCCUGUCGGCAGCACACUGCUUUAGCCGGGACAAGAGCAUUGAAACAUUUGACAUGUAUGUGGGCAUCAUCAACCUAGACACAGCCACCAGUCACACCCAGUGGUUUGAGGUGAACAAGGUGAUCCGGCACCCCACCUACAAAAUGCACCAUCCCGUUGGAGGAGACGUGGCGCUGGUGCAGUUGAAGAGCCCCAUCACGUUUUCUGACUUUGUGCUUCCAGUAUGCCUGCCACCUUCUAACCUGAGCCUUGACAAUCUUUCUUGCUGGGCUACUGGAUGGGGACUGGUCUCACAGCAAGGUCAUACCUUGAAACAUCUACAGGAAGUCCAGUUGCCUCUGGUCCCCAAGCUCCUGUGUCAGCUGCUCUAUGGACAAACAUCUGACAUCCUGCCAGACAUGCUGUGUGCUGGGGACAUAAAAAAUGUGAGGAACGUGUGUGAGGGUGACUCUGGGGGCCCGCUGGUAUGCGAGCUGAACAAGACCUGGCUGCAGAUUGGAAUAGUGAGCUGGGGCCGUGGAUGUGCCAAGCCUCUGUACCCUGGGGUGUAUGCCCGUGUCUCCCAUUUCUCUAAUUGGAUCCAUUAUAACCUGGAAACCAUACCCCCCCCUCCUAAGCUACACCCUUCCCUCUCUCCAUCCCUGAGAGCCACCCUUAGCAUACUUGUGACCAUGCUGAUGCUGACUGGCCUAUUAGUGUUGUGAGGACUGAGACACCCCUCUGUCUUGAGCUCCCUCCUGUCUUACGCCCUGUUCCUGUACCUUGCAGCACCCCACCCUGCCCCCAAUGUACUUUGUGCAGUGAAGCCAGGACACUUGUCCCAGACACUAGGUCUAUAAGGGGAUGAGCAGAAGAAGAAGAAGUGGGGAGGGUCAGAGAUGGACCAGGAGGGAGAUUUGGGGGACA